AUGGUGUUGGAGGCGACAAUGAUUGUGCUCGAUUCGAGCGAGUACAUGCGCAAUGGAGACUAUUUACCGACGCGGUUUGAGGCGCAGCUUGAUGCUGCGAACACUGUUUUCAUGACCAAGCUGCAAGCCAACCCGGAGUCGACGGUUGGUUUGAUGACGAUGGGCGGCGAGGUGAAGACGACUUUCAUCAACAAUUUCAGCACAUUUUUGGCCGGAAUCCGCGACACCAAGAUCACCGGCAAGUCGCGGCUGGCGGCCAGUAUUCAAAUUGCUGCGCUGUCUCUCAAGCAUAGACAGAACAAGCACCAGCGCCAGCGUAUAGUAGUAUUUCUUGGAUCUCCGAUCGAGGACGGUGAACGAGAGCUUGUUCAACUGGCAAAACGCAUGAAAAAGAACAAUAUUGCCAUUGACGUCGUCAGCUUUGGCCAGGAGGCGGAUAACGAGUCCAAGCUAGAUCAGUUUAUCGCUGCGGUCAAUUCCAACGACAACUCUCACUUGCUCACCGUGCCGCCCGGUCCGCAUGUUCUGUCUGAUGUGGUUCGCCAAAGUCCGAUCCUCAGGGACGGCAGUUCUCAGCCCGCCAAUGCAUAUGUUGAUGACGAUCUUGGCUUCGAUGCUGCGGAUGACCCUGAGCUGGCCCUCGCGUUGAGAAUGUCUCUUGAAGAGGAAAGAUUACGCCAACGCCAGCAGGAGCAGCAGCAGGAGCAGCAGGAAUCCCAACCGGAUCAGUCUAAAAGCUCUGAUGCCCAGACCUCGGAAGCAGCGCCGGCCGUCGCCGAAGAGUCUCAAGAUGUUGUCAUGGAAAAUGACUCUGAAAAAGAGUAG